AUGUUUCAAAGUCUAAAAGCAAAGAGGACAGCUUUGGCUCGACAUAUCAGACCAAUAUCCACUUCGUUCUCACUUCCAAUUAACAAGACUCUUGAAGUGUUGAAAGCUACCGAUGCCAAUUUCGAAGGUCUCUUUUCACAUUCGGCAUUGGACCAAUUAUGGUUCAAACAGGGGAAUCAGUUGAUUCAAAACUUGAACCAGCACUUGAUCCAAGCGAGCAAUUUGGAGGACAAGGCGUAUACAUUACCUGAAUUGGUUGCUGCCACUAUAAACAAGCCGGAAUUGUACCACAUACACAAGAAUGCAUCAAAGUUGCAUAACCUUCAUCAGUUUUUUGAAAAUUUACGACCUUUGCAGCUGCUGGCUCCUUUUGAGAUUACAAGACCUAGUGCUCUGAGUUUAUUGGAGACUCCCAAUGGCGGUAACUUUGGAAACACGCCUACAGAUGAGGUGUUACUUGAUUGGAUCAAUCAUUCGUUUGGUUCGGUGGUUGAGUUUCGCACGUUGUUGAUAAAUACAGCAAAAGCGAUAAAAGGAGAUGGGUCAGUGUGGUUAGUGGCUGAGCUGACUGUUGGACAAAAUUACUUGAAUAGGGGUUCGGCUUUUUCAGGUUUUACGUCAACGCCAGCUUUCCAUAACUUGGCUAUUGUCGUGACGUACAAUGGUGGAACUGUGGAUGAUUCAGAAAGGUCAGGUCAAAUUAGACGCAUGAAGAGUGUGUUGGAGGGUGAAGCUACUGAGAACGAGGAGGAGAGGGAUGUCACAUCCAAAGACGAUGGUUCUAACGACGCUUUGAAGUUGGGUACUGCAGAGCAAGCAGAUUUGGAAAGUUCAUAUUUAAACAAGAAGCUAAUUCCAGCAUUGACUAUAGAUGCAUCACCAAGAAACUAUUUGGUGGAUUAUGGAGUAUUUGGUAAGCAAAAAUAUUUAGAGAAUUGCUGGGAAUGUAUUGACUGGGAUGUCGUGUUGAGAAGAUUACCUCCAAGAUCAAAACAAGCAAUCUCUGUGUAA